CUCUUCCUCCCUCUGCAGGCUCGGUGCAGCUGUGGCCAUGGGCGAGUACGGCGUGGUGCCCGGCCAGCGCGUGGCCAUCCUCUGGGACAGCUCCUCCCCAGUGGAAGCUCUGAAGGCCUUGGUGGAUAAAGUCCAGGCUGUGGUGGGAGCUGAAAACAAAGUCUGUGUGGAGAAUGUCAACCAGCUCCUCCAGUCACGCCACGGGGAGUCCAGCUUCGACGUGGUGCUGUCGGGGCUGGUGCCGGGCGGCGCCGCGCAGCACAGCGCCCCGCUGCUGGCCGAGGUGGCUCGGGUCCUGCGCCCGGGGGGCAGAGUGCUGCUGCGGGAGCCUGUGCUGGCCGGGGCAGCCAACAACAGCAGCUUGAAGACAGCAGCCAGGCUGCCCACAGCUCUGACCCUCUCUGGGCUGGUGGAGGUGAAGGAGCUGCAGAGGGAAGCCCUGAGCCCCGAGGAGGUGCAGGCGGUGCAGGAGCACCUGGGCUACCAAGGCAAGGACCUGCUGAGUGUGCAGCUGGAGGCCAGGAAGCCCAACUUCGAGGUGGGGUCCUCAAGCCAGCUCCAGCUGCCCUUUGCCAAGAAAGCAGCUCCCUCAGGAAAGCCCUCUGUGGACCCAGCUGCUGCCAGGCUGUGGACUCUCUCUGCCAGUGAGAUGAAUGAUGAGGAGAUGGAUCUUCUGGACUCUGAUGAGCUGCUGGAUGCAGAGGACUUGAAGAAGCCAGAUCCAUCAUCCCUCAGAGCUGCCUCCUGCAAAGAGCUGGGCAAAAAGAAAGCCUGCAAGAACUGCACCUGUGGCCUGGCUGAAGAGCUGGAGCAGGAGAAGAGGAGCUCCCAGCCCAAGUCUGCCUGUGGAAAUUGCUACCUGGGGGAUGCCUUCCGCUGUGCCAGCUGCCCCUACCUGGGCAUGCCUGCCUUCAAGCCUGGGGAGAAGGUCCUCCUGCAGGAGAACCAGCUGCAUGAUGCCUGAGGGAGGGCAUCAUGAGGGACUCCUCUGCUUCCCCAGCACUCUGAGGCCCUUCCUGCAAGUCCUCCUCCUGCUCCUCACCUCUGCAGCUUCAUCCUCUGCAGCCCCUGCCCCUGGUGGCCCAGGCCCACUGCGGGUACAGGCACUGCUGGGAGCUCCCCACUGGCACCAGCCAUGGGCUAGCUGCUCAUCUUUGGUGGCAAGUGGCCUGCUCUCUGCUCAGCUUCACCUUAGACCUUCUUUGAGCUGGCUUCAGCUUGAGAGUGGCACAGCACAGGAGGUGCCAGCAGCAGAAGGGGAGGGGAACCAAGUGCCAGGCUGCCCUCCUGCUGCUGUGGCAGGAGCAGGCCUGGUGCUUGCCCGUGGCCAGCUGUGGUUGGUGCCUCAGCAGCUCUGGCUCUGCUGUUCCAAGGUGACAGCACCAGGCUCCUGCUCUCUUGGCACUGCCAAGCUGCAGUCCCCUGCCCUGUGGAGGUGGCUCAGCAGCCUCUGCUGGAGGCAGGAGCACAGGGAGGACACUGCAGUGAAGGCCCUGCUCAAGGCUGGCAGCCAGGGUGAGUUUUCCAAGGGCUGUGGCAACCUUGCCCAUGGCCUCCCCUGCUCCCACCUGCUGCCAUCAACAUGACAGAGGACUCAGCUGCAGCCUGGGCCUCCCCCACCUCGCUGCCCAGCAGGGCAAGCUGAGGCUGGCACCUCCCUGGGUGCUUACCUGCACUGUCCUGGCAGUAAGAGCAUAGCAAUAAGUUCACUCCUGGCUGAGCUGUGGUCCCCCCCUGGGGCAGCUCUGCCUUCAGGGAAGCAGCCACCUGGC